AUGGAUACUCCGCUGGUGAAAUUAUCGACCGGGGAGUUGGAAACGGUUUACGAACCUUCAGAGGAUUCCUUCCUCUUGAUAGAUGCCUUAGAAGCCGAUUUAGAGGUCCUAAAAGUUAAAAAACCUGUGAUGUGUUUAGAAAUAGGCAGCGGAUCUGGCAUUGUAAUUACCGCGUUGGCAAUGGCACUGGGCAAGUACUGUCAGCCUUACCAUCUUGCGAUCGAUAUUAACCUGGAUGCGUGUAAAGCUACGAAGAAAACAGCUAUGGAAAAUUCGGUAGAGAUAGAUGCGAUACAAAUGGAUUUGUUGAGUUGCAUACGUAGCAAUCGUGCUUUCGAUAUCGUGCUGUUUAAUCCACCGUACGUGGUAACAAGGGACGAAGAAAUUUCAAAUAGCAAACUAGUGUACAGGACUUGGGCAGGUGGGUCUAACGGUAGAAAAGUUAUGGAACGAGUAUUUCCUAGGAUUCCCGAUAUUCUAUCGGACGUUGGAACAUUUUAUUUACUGAUUAUCAAAGAGAACGAUCCAGAGUACAUUUUGUGUACCUUCAAGCAUUUAAAUAUGGAAGGAAGAAUAGUUGCGGAAAGAAAAAUUAGAGGAGAACAUUUGUACGUUUUACGAUUUAAAAAGAUUACGUAACUAACGUAAGAUCUACGUAAGUACUUGUUUAAAUGAUUAACACGAUGAAUGAACGCAAUUGAAGAAAUAUUGUUCGAUCCGUUCGAUUUUCUCAGUUGAUGACACAAAAAAUGAUAACCUAUAAUCAUGUAGAUAUAUAAAGGAUUAUUUGUUGUUACACUUGA